AUGCAUAUUCUCGGACAAUUUUGUAAUCGGGUCGGAAAUGGGACGAGUUACGGCCGUGGGGUACAUGCUGUCAAAAUACAUCUUUAUACAAGUUAUAGCGGCACAUCAAAACAUUGUCAAUUGAAUGUUCAAAUUCGUUCCAAGUCGUCGGUCUCGUCGGAGAGAUGGCUACGGCGUCAGAAAGACGAUCCACAUACAAAAGAGGCCAAAAAACAGCAUUAUCGGUCUCGAGCAGCCUACAAGUUGAUAGAGUUGGACCACAAGUUUCUGCUUUUCAAACGUAAUACUUUACGAAUUGUCGAUUUGGGGUUUGCUCCCGGGGCGUGGACGCAGGUGGCAAUGCAAAGAAUGGCUCAAUUGGGUCAGAAACCCAAAAUUUUGGGGGUGGAUAUCAUUCCCAGUACACCUCCAGAGGGUGCACAAUUUUUACAUGGUGAUAUCUUUUCUCGCAAAACCCACCAGGAGAUUCGAGACAACUUCCCUAACAACGAAGUAGACCUCGUUAUGAGCGAUAUGAUGGCCAAUACGCUGGGUAUCAAAGACAACGACCACCUUGCCAGUAUGGAAUUAUGUGAAGGAGCACUCAUGCUUGCGGCCAGUACAUUGAAAACGAACGGGGCACUUGUGAUGAAAUUUUAUACUGGACGAGAAGAACGGCAAUUGGAAGAAAAAUGUAGAAAAAUGUUCAAAAAAGUGCAUCGAAUGAAGCCCAGUGCAUGUCGACCGGAGCUGCGAGAAAUGUACUUUGUGUGUCUUGGCAGAAGCAAUUGA